AUGCCCUUUCGCUCAUGCAGAGAAAAGGCACGUCGCCGUGACCCUCGCAGGUACAAUUAUGCCGCCAUUACAUGCCCUAGUUACAAAACUGGGGAGUGCGAGCGAGCAUUGGCUUCAUCCGGCGAAGUACACAACUCGGAGGUGCAAUGCUGGCCUUUUUUGUCUCCAAAAGAACAAGAGCUCCGGCGAGAGCAACCAUCUGGAGGAGAUCUCACCAGAUAUCACGACUGGUCAUUUGGUGAAAUUAGGGUUCUGGCGUAUGCAUUGGCGCAAGGUCCAGCCACCCACCAAGAAGCCAUUGUCGAAAGUUCUGGAGUGCUGCACAGCUUGGAGAUGCUGAACAUUAGGGAUGGAGAGUAUGAAAUUCCAAGAACUUUGCAGGGAGGAAGGAAGUUCGGAUGA